AGUAUGCCAGGAGCUUACUGUAGUGCUUGGAUGAUUACAUCAAUAUGAAAAGUAGGCCUACUUGAUAUGCGCUUCUUGACCACUGCGAUUACUUUUGAUUUUACUAAUUAUACUAUCACAAGAACGUUCCUCUUUUAGGGAUUUUUAUAUCUUGGAUUACAUAAAUAACUUUUGUUACUUGUUUGUUAGGAGAAUACUUUAAGUUGGUUGACAUGAAACCGUACAUGUUUGUUGGUGUGUUAGCGAUAGCGUUGGUGUAUGUCGUAUUAUCGUGCAAUGAGCACUGUGCACCGAUAGUUACCAAAUGUCAGUUGAUUGGCGCCUGUGGAAAGUGCUUGAUGGGUAAUUGUAGUUGCUGUGCAAACUGUACCAAGUGUUUAGGGGGAGAAUAUUUUGACUGCUGUGACUGUGUUGGUUUAUGUAAACAAAAUAAUACCCAUCGGCCAUACCAUACAAAAAGUACAGUGAUGGACGUUGAAGUACCCAUACCAUCACUGUUUGAUGCCAUCAUCGAAUCCAGCCAAGAUUUACGUAUCUCAGUACACACACUGCCAGUGGAGGAGGAAUUUUAUAAACCAAAAGAUGUGGAAUUAGAAUCCUGGUCCAACAAGACUUGUGUAGUUGCCUUCUUGGAUGAAUGUUUAUCUCAAUCUAAGUGUGAAAACGCAUGCAUAUCCAUGGGGGCCAGCAGAAUCAGGUGGUUCCACAAUGCAUGUUGCGAGUGUAUGGGUUACACGUGCGAGAGCUACGGUAAAAACUAUCCCCACUGUCGAGACUGUGAUAUUUGAACGCUUUCUAAAAAGAAGAAUUAUUGAAUACAAAGAAUAUCUCAUGACAUUAACACUAAUAUGAACAAAAUGGAGGCAGCUGUAUUUUUCAAAAUCUUCUCAAAAAGAGCAAAUGUUUUAUUUAACAUUGAAAUUUAAAAAGCAUUUAAGUUUACUGUUAUUUGUUGUCUUUAUUUCAAACCGUGUUCAUAGACGACAACCAUUCUAAGUAAACCAGAGGAUAAUAGUCCUUAGUGGUUGUCCUCUUAUUAGUGAAAAUGGUGCUUUAUAACAUUGUUGCUUGCUCUAUUGUUUUAGAAAUUUAUAGAAAUUAAUUUCUUUCAUUUUUGAUUUGCUACUUUUGUAAUGUAAAUUUUAGAUAAAUAAAAUUAUGUGUUACAUGCUUAUACUAGUUGAUAUUUUAAACUGCAUGUAUUUAUUUAAUAAAAAUAGUUAGGAACACAAAUACCAAAUAUAGUUUAUAAACAUCUCACAAUGUAUAGAGGGCACUAUAUAAUUGUGGCUUACAGCCUCAGCAUCAGGGGUUCUAUCUGACAUUUUCAGUUUCCAGUAUUUUAAAAAGUGGGUGCUGAAUAGAAAUAUUACAUCCAAUAAACUUUACACAAUAAGCAAAACUAGGGACAGAGCAUGUCAAUGGUUAUGACUACAUCAUAAAUUGGUUUAAAGUAACUUAAUCUGCUAUUUAUUACCAUUAAUUUACUAUUUUUAUAUUAUUUUCUUCAUGUUUGAAUAAAAGAGGGGUGCUCAGGCACUGUAAAAAAAAUUAAAAAAAACCCUGGUUUACGCCACUUACUACCAAGUAUUAUUAUGGGUUAAAAUAAAAUUUGUAUUUUGUCUUAUCCUAUUAUUAUAAUUGACAAUAAAUAUAAUUAUUCAAUUAAAAAAUGUACUUUACAUACAAUAGCAAGUAGGCCUACAUUAAGUAUAAUGGAUCAGUGGUAUUAGUGUCUGGAACCUUAAUAAUUAUAAAAAAAAUAAUUAAAAAAUAGUAAACUUGUAAUUUUCAUAGAAAAGUUUUUUAGAAAAUGAAAAUCCAAUUGCUAUAAAAGGAUUAUUUUGACAGACGUCUGUCGCAUUCCAUAAAUUGUACUAACCAGCUUUCUGUGACAGGAAAUAGGAAAAUUUCCUUGUACAUCACUGUCUUAAAAAAGGUAGUUGUUUUUUACCACUGCCAGCCUAAAGGCAUAAUGAAGAAAUUUUCUGCAGCAACAUAAGAUUGGUGCUCACAAAAAUGUUUACGUAAACUCUAACCUUUAUAGGUCGUAUGAGACUCAUAAAUUGGAUAAUCACAUGAUUUUCAAAUGUAUUAGAAAUUAAUUGGUGAAUUUAUCAAUAGAAUAAGUAUAUUUUAUAUGAUUAAAUUAUUGAAUUGUCACCAUUACAGAGUGAUACACAAACAUGAUAGUCAAAGUCUGUUGGCUAGUUCAUAGUAAUUUUGUAUGAUCUUCUAGUCACAGAAACUGUCUAGGAAACUUGUCUGGGAGUGUGUCUCAAAUCAAUGACUCUGAGCAAAAAAUAACAAAUGUGAUAUGAUCUUGAUAUAAAACUAUAUUCAUUUUUGAAACAUAUCUAAUAAUGAAUUUCAUUCUGUUUUUUUUUUCUUUGUCCUAAUUUUACAUGGUUAUCAAUUAAGUCUUAAUUCCCUGGUGUAGUCAAAAUUGGGACAUGUGAUUCUUCACAAUAGUCAUGCCUUCAGGAAAACAAUGUCCCAAGAUCAUUUUCGCAUUAUUAUAGUUUGAUAUUCUUUGCACUGGCAAAAUAUUAAUUCUUUGUGCUGCAGCUCAGAAAGUUUACCUCUGGGUUUGCAUCCUAAGUUUUCCAUCAUCAAACUUUCGAAUGAGAAAGGGAAUUCCUAAACAAUAUUAAAGCAGGUUGGGUUGACCUGUAAAUAUGAUGCAAAUAUUAUCGAAGCUGUCUGAUAUUCUACCCAUAAAUACAAUACUUUUCAAAAAAUUGCAAAUGCCCUGUAAGCCACAUGAUUAUCCAGUCUGGAUUCUAAGACUUUAGAUUUCCCUUGUACUAUAUCAAGGGAUAUCAUAAACAAAUAAUUUUAAAUCUUUUUAUAGUAUAUAAAAUAUCUGUUUACACUUAUUGCAAUGGUGAGGUCUAUUGUUUAAGAUUAUACGAUACCUCAUUUUCUUAGAAUUUAAUUAAUGGAAAUAUAUAAGAAUAAUAGUAUAAUAGUUUAAUGCAUCCAAUUCAAAAGAGUUUAUUCAUUAUCAAUGUGAACUUUUCAUUAUGUUUUUGAUAUUAUACUCCAUACUACUUAUCUACGUUACAUUAUAAAUUUGUAUUUCAAAUUAUUUGUUUUGGACAUUAGUCAUUUUCCUGGGAAAAUAUCAGUGUAUUUGUGAUUUGUAUUUGUGAUUUCAUCAGUCAAAAAUAUCUAAAUACAGCUUUUCAAUACAAAUUAAGUUUGACCAACAUAUGUGGAUAAGGAACAAAUUGAAUUUUCUCCAUGUGUUUUAAUCUUCACUUUCUAUUUAUUCCAAAGAGUUUCAGGGUUUUAGAUUCCAUCCAAAGAAGGUAUAAUUAUGUACAAAUCUUCUGGUAGUUUACCAAAAUAUGUAAAUGGUUUCUUUUCAAAAAUGUUGUGUUUACCAUGCUGAUUUUGGUAUAUGUCCACUCCAUACCACAUGGACUGUCAUUUUUUAUAUCUACAUCAUGAUCACUAGUUGUGUGCUUCUUGCAAGAAAAAUAUAAAUGAUUAUUAUUAUUAUUGUUUAAUGUUAACAUUGGUUAUUUGGAAUUCAAAUAAAUGCUUGAGAGGGUGGGGUAAAAGAAGAGUAGUGAAUAAUGUUGCAUCUAUAUAUCCAAUGUUAAAAGUUUAUGUUCUUAUUAAGGUAGGCUUACAUCAGAGUUAGCAUGGUAUUCUUCAUCAUGUACAUUUUUAUGCUCUGUCUACUAUCAAAUUUUAUGUGACAAAUAAAUGUGAUAUGCCCAUAUUUGGAUGUAGUAUGACAUCAUCAUGCCUAUAUACCGACACACAAAUUUAUCACAUAAACUCUGAUAUUGUGCACAGAUCAUAAGAGCACUGUAUGAAAGAGGGGUGUUUUUUUUCCCCAAAAAUGUUAAUUAUGUUGAAACUCCUUGUUAACUUUCUCCAAGCUUUAAUAAAUUGUGAUACUAAUAGGUAAAACCUGUUCUUUGUGUGAGGCUUCAUUGGUGAUAUAAGGCUAUGUAAAAAAAAGUUGUUGAUUAUCCAUUUAAAAAAAAAAAGUUGAUAGUGUUUGAUCAGGUAGAAUUUAUGCAAACAAACAAAUGAAAGACAAAAUAAUUACACACAAAAAAAGCCUAGUCCUAGCCAAAGUUGAAUUACGGGGGGAGAAGGACAAUAUUUUCAUGAAAUUUGGGAAAAAGAAAAAAAAAAAAUUGGUCGGGUGAUUUUUUUUUAUGUAGGGAGGGAGGAAUCAACAACUUAUUUUUUUUACAUGACCUUAGGAAUAAGAUAAGUGUGAAAUGUCUUCCGUCCAGAUAUGUUUGUACAUACCUUUUGCAUGUGCAUGCUGUGUCUAUAAUAAUUAUAUUAAAACAAGUGAAACCAAAUAAUAACAGCAGUGUACGAUUAGUAAUAUUUAUACUGGAAAACUAUGUGAUGUUGAAAUUAUAUAAGAAGUUAUAAGAAAGAUAUAAGAAAUUAUAUAAUUCAGGUUUUACCCUAAUUGAAACUGAUAAUAUUGCCAAUUAAUGUUUUAAUUAUGGUAUUCAAUUAUAAUUGGCAAAGUUUUUAUACACAAAAUUUAGAUGUUUGGAACCAUAAUAAAUGCUCAAUGUUACAAUUUACCUAUAAAUCCAAUGUUACAUAAAGUUGUUGUAAUAUAUUAAUACUUCAUUAACAGGGUAACACAAAAUAUACUGUUUAUAAUACUGUAUAUAAUGGCAAGGUGCUCAAAAAAAUUAGCUUAAACCAAACAUAUAAUAAAAAUAGAUCAAAUAAUUGAUAUUUAGUAAGAGAAUACUUCUAAUUUGUGAAUUUUGAUAAUAUACUACUAAAAAUCACCAUAUUUGUAAAAAAAAAAAAGAUGAGAAUGUAAUAUCUGCGUUUGAAAAAUUUACAUGCUUGUGAAUAGCUAAAUGAAGUUUGCUAAAAGAGAAUCUUGAUUUUGAUCAAUUAGAAUUUUAUAGCUUAAUGUUAAACAAACAUAUAUAUUUGGUCAAUUUGAGAGUACUGGCAUAGAAUGGAAAGAACAUGCAAUGUCUACUAGCAGCAAUUAUGAUUAUAAUAAAUAAAUAUUCACAAUACUAAAACUGAACCCAUCAUUUGGGGUAUCCUUAUUAAGGGAACACUUUUUUGAUCCCAAGAGAAUCGUCUUUAUGAUACUUCGAUGAUGACAUAAUUAAUGUCGAAAUAUUGAAUCCCGACACGAUGGUGUGCAUUUCGAUACUUGGAGUAUGUAUUAUACUAUCUGAGAUUAAUCAGUGGACCUUUCGGUUCAUGCUCCACUGUGUUACAUUUUAUUCAGCUGAUAUGUUGACAAUGCAACAUUGGCUGUAAAAACAGUUAUUUUUACAAGAAAAAAAAAUUGACAACAAAAGAAAGUUUCACUCCCAUAGUGGAAAGUAUCACGUAGGCAAAGUGAAACUUGCCUCGGUAGUGUGUGUAACUUCCUGAGACAAAACCUGAAUAACAAAUUCAUUGUUGUUGAAGGGUGGUGCCUUAAUCAGAUUAGACCAGGUGUAAAGCCAUGAGUAAGUUGGAAAUAUUUCAAUUAGCAUUAUCAAAGCAACAAAUACAAGAUUUUCUGAAAAAUUUAAAAAGCAUCUGUUAAAAAAUUAAGUGGCUGAGUAUGUUUAAUUAUUUAAGCCGAAAGCAUUAUGAUUGUUAAGAGUUCAUUAAAUGUAUAAAAAUGAUUCAAAAA